AAAGAUCGAGAGUCCUUCAACUCCUUCUAUAAUGAAGCCCGGAAUUCGCUAACUGGCGCACCGUCUAAGCCAUUGCAACGGUCAUUGUCUAUCUCUCACCCAAUGCCUAUUCCUAACACGACGCAACAUCAGGGUCAUGAUACAAUUACCAAUAUAUCGGAUGGUCCUUACGGGAAAGCAUUCGAACAGCCCAGAACGCCUCCUCCUGUUCCACAAGCUCGCCGUUCAGCUACAAUGUCGGUUAUAGACGAAUACUCUCAGAAUGAUCACAGUGAUAAUGGACCUGAUGAUGGGGGCAAAUCUAAUCAAGGAUAUCCAAUAUCCAGAUCCCCGCCGCCCCUGAACCCUAAAGCGAGAGGGAGAACCCCCAACCCAAACGGCCGGCACGAUUCGCAUGUCACAACAUUCCCC